AUGACUGAAACGACUUCAAUUGCUACACAUCAUAACGACAUUGAUUCCAAGCAGUCUCCCGCGAUCAAGAGUACAGCUCCUGCCAUGACACAGCAGGAAAUUGUUCAACAGGAAAUGGGUUCACCGGCGGGAGACUCGGAUCUGAUAAGUGAAAGUGAUCUUGGACCUUCCCAAAUAGAACAUCAUGAAUCUCAACAGCCAAAGGAAAGUGAUGGUGGUAUCAAAAGUAAGCGCCAGCAGCAGAAAGAACAAGAAAAGCUCGAGAAAGUACGCAAGAAAGAACAAGACAAACGGGAUCGUGAGCUAAAGCGCGAGCAAGAAAGACAAGAGAAGGAGAAUAAGAAACAGGAGGAGAAACAGAGGAAAGAAACUGAAAGGAAAGAGCGAGAAUUGAAAAAAGUUCAGGAGAAGCGUAAUAGAGAAUUGAAAAAAGAGCAGGAGAAGCAGGAGCGCGAACAACGCAAAGAAAUAGAAAAGCGCAAAAAAAUGGAGGAGAAAAUCAAACGCGAAGAGGACAAGCGGCUCAAGGAGGAGACGAUUGAUAGAAGUCAGACCAAGAUCGGUAGCUUUUUCAAGAAAUUCAGCUCUUCAAGAAAUGUACUGGACACGAAGACCGAUUACCAAAAAUGCUUUUUACCAUUCUACGUUAAAGACGGCUUUGUAAUGGGACCAAAUUUUGCACUUACUUCGAGUGUCCUACAGUCCUCUAAAUCUGCGAUAGACGCCCAGUUGAACCUCGGCGAUUCUCCGGACGACAAUAAAGCAUGGCUUCUAUCUCAGGCGCCUUUGAGACGCGAAUACUAUGAACAUACGGCCGUGGAGUUGGUCCAAUUGAUGACUAGUAAAUCCAAGAGCAACCAAGAACUGGAUGAGAGACUGCGACGAAUCCCACAGAGAUUUAUAAAAUUUUACGAAAACGUGAGACCACCUUACAUUGGCACGUAUUCCAACUUCUUGAAACUGCCUCGCGACAACCCAUUUGAUUUCGAACAGACCGGAUUCAAUUACGACUACGAUUCUGACUGGGACUGGGUCAACGAAGAGGAAGAAGGCGGCGAUGUGGAAGAUUUGGAGGACGGGGAAGAUGAAGACGAAGAUGAUGAUGUGGAUGAUGGUACGGAGGACGAAUUUGAUGGGUUUCUGGACCGCGAAACCUCGCAGCUUCCAAAAGACGGUAAGAAAUUCCUGGGUCCCUUGAUCCCGAUCGUGAAAAUGCGCUCUCAAAAACCCCAGAUGGAUUCUGAGGAUCAGCUUUACUUCCAGAUGGUAAGUGUCCAGCAUCUCAUACCUGAAGAGCCAAUUCCAAUAAACGUCAACACCAUGCCGCAAACGGCGGGAGGUUCCAAGAAAAGGCCACUGGAUGCCAAGGGCCAGAGUGACGUGCAAUCUCCCAUUGUUCCGUCCCCCAGUGUCAACAACAGUCCUGCAUCGUCGAGUCAGACUUCGCCGGUUCGUGUGAAGAAACCAAAAUCGAUAAUUUCUGACCCACAAGCACUUCUCAAGAUUUUUGCUGAGGUUCACGAAAGCACCUACUCGUUAGGAACAAUCACAGAGAUCUUGCAAAGACAGCUGCUCAACCAUAGUAAAGCAGCCAUUCGGGACACUAUCAAAGAGCACACUACUAGGCCUUCAGUAAAGGCAGGAAGUUCGCGAAAGUGGCUGGUGAAAGAUCCCGUGUUAUGGGAAUCUCUAAAGGAAAAGUAG